GCCGUCCCCGCCGCCGCCCGCCACCACCGGCCGCCCGCCCGCCCGGCUCCUCCGGCCUCCGCUGCUGCGCUGCGCUGCGCUGCCUGCGCUCAGGGCUCGGGAGGGGGCCGCGGAGGAGCCGCCCCCCGCGCCCGGCCCCCGCCCGCCGCGCCCGGGCCCGCGCCAUGGGGCUCUGGCUGCCGCCGCCCCCUGCGCCGCCGGGCUAGGGCGAUGCGGGCGCCCCCGGCGCGCGGCCCCCGCGGGCACCAUGAGCCCCCUGCUCCGCCGCCUGCUGCUCGCCGCGCUCCUGCAGCUGGCCCCCGCCCAGGGCCCUGUGUCCCAGCCUGAUACCCCCGGCCACCAGAAGAAAGUGGUGUCAUGGAUAGACGUGUAUGCCCGUGCCACCUGCCAGCCCCGGGAGGUGGUGGUGCCCCUGACCGUGGAGCUCAUGGGCACCGUGGCCAAGCAGCUGGUGCCCAGCUGUGUGACCGUGCAGCGCUGUGGUGGCUGCUGCCCUGACGACGGCCUGGAGUGCGUGCCCACAGGGCAGCACCAAGUCCGAAUGCAGAUACUCAUGAUCCGUUACCCGAGCAGUCAGCUGGGUGAGAUGUCCCUGGAAGAACACAGCCAGUGUGAAUGCAGACCAAAAAAGAGAGAGAGUGCUGUGAAGCCAGACAGGGCUUCCACUCCCCACCACCGUCCCCAGCCCCGCUCUGUUCCGGGCUGGGACUCUGCCCCCGGAGCACCCUCCCCAGCUGACAUCACCCAUCCCACUCCAGCCCCAGGCCCCUCUGCCCACGCUGCACCCAGCGCCGCCAGCGCCCUGACCCCCGGACCUGCCGCUGCCGCUGCCGACGCCGCAGCUUCCUCCGUUGCCAAGGGCGGGGCUUAGAGCUCAACCCAGACACCUGCAGGUGCCGGAAGCUGCGAAGGUGACACGUUGCCUUUCAGACUCAGCAGGGCCACUUGCCUCACAGGCCACGUCCCAGAGGAGGACAACAGGGCAACGUGUUGAGAAGUGCCCAGUCCCCAGACCUCAGUGUGGGCAGAAAGCGCUCCCGGACCUGGGCCUCUCAGAGGACUUUCCAGCCGUCCCUGGUCUCUCCCAAGGCCACCCUCCAACAGGGUGGGCAGCCGCACGAGGAGACGUGUCGGCAGCACCAGGGGUCAUGGACUGACUCGGGAGAGAAGGGGUCCCGUCUCGAUUUUCAACCACCACGUGCAAGCGAGCGUCUUCACAGCUGGCCCCACUGUCCCCUCCCCGAGGCGCCAAUCCUCUGCAGAUACUGGGGACUUGGGCUGCGGUGUUAAGAACUGUGACCCCCAACCCUGAUAAAAGAGAUGGAAGGAUC